AUGCCGAAACCCAACACCAUUGCCUGGUCUUCAAGGGAGAAAAAGAACCUCCUUCCAUGGCUGCUACAGCGCCAAAGGAUGACAUGGAAUGCAAAAGCCAAGGCAUACUUCAAACAAUUUGGGUUGAAACGGACAGGCGAGGCGUUGCGAAGCAAACGAAACUACCUACUACGAAAACAUCGCGCUAAGGAGAAGAGCAUGUCUAAUACCUCUUGGAUGGGACAUCGGCCAUGGGUCCUGAGCGAAGAUACACCGAGAGCCUUUCUGCCGCCUCCUCCAAUCUUCACACCCAGGGCCCGCAACAUAGAGGCUUUUCACUUAUCCCAUGUGAAGCAGGAUUUGGCAACUGCAAAUGGUCGCUUCUUCGUUGGAGCAUUGGGGAGUGCAGACCAGACACUACGGGAUGCCAUUUCAUUGCCACACAAUCUAAGAUCCGACCCCAAGCUUUACGUUUCCUAUCUCUGGGAAUUUGUACAUCGGGUGGCAGCUGCCAGGAAGGCGUCACGCAAUGCUACGAUUCGAUAG